AAAAUGACAGCAAUAAAUCAUUCCACAGUGACUGAGUUCAUCCUCGUUGGGCUAACAGAACAGCCAGAACUCCAGCUGCCCCUCUUCUUCCUCUUCCUAGGAAUAUAUGUGGUCACGGUGGUGGGGAACCUGGGCAUGAUCACACUGAUUGGGCUCAGUUCUCCCCUGCACACCCCCAUGUACUAUUUCCUCAGCAGCUUGUCCUUCAUAGAUUUUUGCCAGUCCUCCAUCAUUACCCCCAAAAUGCUGAUGAACUUUGUAACAGAGAAGAACAUCAUCUCCUACCCUGCAUGCAUGACUCAACUCUAUUUCUUUCUUGUUUUUGUUAUAUCAGAAUGUCAUAUGUUGGCUGUAAUGGCAUAUGAUCGCUACAUAGCCAUCUGUAACCCGUUGCUUUACAAUGUCACCAUGUCUAAUCAGAUCUGCUCCUGGAUGGUAUUUGGGGUAUAUAUCAUGGGCUUGAUGGGUGCCACAGCUCACAUGGGCUGCAUGCUAAGAGUGCUUUUCUGCAAGGCUGAUGUAAUCAACCAUUACUUCUGUGAUCUUUUUCCACUGCUGGAGCUCUCCUGCUCCAGUACUUACAUCAAUGAGGUGGUAGUUUUGUGCUUCAGUGCAUUUAAUAUCCUUACCCCAACCCUGGCCAUCCUUGGCUCAUAUGUCUUCAUCAUUGCUAGCAUCCUCUGUAUCCGCUCGACUGAAGGCAGAUCCAAAGCCUUUAGCACAUGCAGCUCCCACAUCUCAGCCGUUGCUCUCUUCUUUGGUUCUGCAACAUUCAUGUACCUACAGCCAUCAUCAGUCAGUUCCAUGGACCAAGGGAAAGUGUCUUCAGUGUUUUACACCAUAAUUGUGCCCAUGCUGAACCCUUUGAUCUACAGCCUGAGGAAUAAAGAUGUCAAAGUCACCCUAAAUAAAAUCCUUGAAAAAAGAUGUUUCCUGUGA